AUGGCCACCUAUACCCCCUCCCAAAUCGCCUCCUACCUAACCCACAUCUCCUUCCCUCCCCCCUUCUCUCCUACCUCCCUCCCCGAACCAACCCUCGCCAACCUCAACCGCCUCGUAGACCACCACCUCGCCGCCGUCCCCUUCGAGUCCAUCUCCCUGCACUACUCCCCGACCCGUAAACUCUCCGUCGACCCGGACGAUCUCUUCCGCAAGAUCGUCCGUCCCGGAAGUGGCGAUGAUGCCGCCGAUGACGGAGACCACCGGGGUGGAUAUUGUAUGGAAGUGAACACUUUUUUGGGCGGCGUUCUGCGCGGGUUGGGGUAUGAUGUUCUUUCUGUGGGUGGGAGGGUGAGCUUUGCGACGACAGGGAAAUCUGGCGAAGGCUUCUCCGGCUGGAGCCACAUGGCCAACAUCGUAACCCUCAACUCAACCCACUACCACAUAGACGUAGGCUUCGGCCUCAACACACCCCCCUUCCCAGUCCCCUUCCCUCCCGUGCCCCUCUCCUCACCCACCCCUCUAACACCCCAUCCGACCUCCACCGUCCUCAACCGCAAACUCACCCAGCAGCCCCUCCUCUCCACCUCCCACCCCUUAUCCCCUCCCGUCUGGAUCUACCACCAUCGCGCGCGCGAAUCCGACCCUUGGAUCCCGGGCUAUACCUUUUCGGCUAUCGAGUUCCACGAGGAGGAUUAUAGGGUUAUGAAUCUUAUGACAAUGACCUCGCCCGCGUCCUUCUUCGUCCAGUCUGUCAUCUGCGUACGGACGUUCCUCUCCAACGAGGCCCUUCCGAAAACUAUAGGUGGGGAAGAAGCGAAGUCAUCUGCCGAGGGAGAGGAAGAGCCCAGGCGAGCAGGCCAGAUCGUUCUCUUCAACGACGAGGUUAAACUCCGCCGUUUGAAGCCCGGGUUCGAGGACGAGUACGGCGAGUACGUGGUCAUUGAGAAGUUCGAGUCUGAGGAGGCCCGCGUCGAGGCUUUGAGGAAGUGGUUUGGCAUUCGGCUUUCCGAGGAGGAGAGGAGGGCCAUUGUUGGGACGUCGACGGAGAUUAAGGCGCCGGCGUGA